UUUUCUCAUAACACAAGAAAAUACAAUCAAAAAAGGGAAGUGGAGCCUUUCAGAGUUGAUGAAGGAAAAGACAAUAACACAAAAAUGAUGAGGGUUUCGCAGUGAAGUGGUUUGGCUAAGCGAUGGGACCCCAGCGCAUGUUGGCAUUGAGGGCCCACAAUAGCUGAAGAGCCACCUCCUAAGCUGGAAACGACAUAGGAUGCAUUGUAUGUGUCAUUCCUAUGAUGGAGUUGGUCGCCCAGGAGCAGUGGUGGAAGCCAUUGGACAGUUUGACGCAGAAGGGGUCAGAGCGCGGGGGUGCUCAGUGAACUGGCACCCAGCCUGGGCUGUUAAGCGCAUUUCCCCACCUAGAACCGGUGGGGAAGCAGUUGUAAGAAGUUCCUACUACCUCUGGUCUCUCAGAACGAGAGGAACAGUUGGGGCUGGAGAUUCAACAGCCUCAGAGAAAAUCGAUGCACAGGGCGAAUCGGUGAGCCGCACUCAGCAGAAGCUGAGCUGCCCUCAUUCCGGUGUGAAACCGGAUGGAAGAGAGUCAGGUAGACUGCAUUUGACCUCUCAGAAGGAGAGGAAAGAGGAGGGGCAUUUAACUAGCCCAGAAAAAGCCGAACCGUGGGACGCUUCGGUGAGCUGGCGCUCAGCAGAUGCUAAGAUGCCUUUAUCCCCAUGUGGAACCAGUGGGGAGACGGUCGCUUGGACCAUCUUAGACCUCUCAGAGCAAGAGGAAUGGAUAUGGGUCGUGGAUUUGGCUGGCCCAGAAAAAGUCGAAGCGCGGGGUGCUUCAGAGACGGUUGAGGCCAGGGAUUUGGCCUGCCGAGAGAAAGCCAAAGCGCAGGGCGCUUUGGUGAGCUGGCACUCAGCAGAUGCUUCUUUUCGACGUGAAAACGGUUGAAAGAUAGCUAGAUGAACCAUUUGUGACCUCUCUGAAUGAGAGGAAUGCUCGCGAGGGGGCAGGGGGAAGUCAGCACACUGGAGGAGUCAGUAAGUAAUCCCAUUUAAAAUGGUACCGCUCCAAACAUUCUUGGAAGUCUUCAAAGGACAAAAAAG